UUUGGUUGCGCAAUCGUGACAGGGGCGCUGUUGUUAUGUCACGUUGCACUGCCUCCUCCUGCGACCUUUCACCGACUUUCUCUUCCACAUUGACAGCCGGGGCAUAUGCCGAGCCGCGGGGAUCGAGGAAAUCAGUUGGUGGUUCUGUGUCAUUUGGAAAGGAAGCCUGAACAAUGUUGAGUACCUUGGCCCGUGUCACCCGGCCUGCUCUGCAGAGAUGCACGUCUUCCGUGGCUUGUCAGACGAUCAAGUUUUGUCGUAGACCGCAAAAGGUUUCACAUCCAUCGUCUGUUAAUCCGACACUUGUGCAGCUUCGUGGACAGCAGACUUUGGGUUCAUCUUCCUUCUCUGUGGCCAGCCACUCUGUGAGACAUGCCCGAGCACUGGAUGAAGAGCGGCUGGUGGAGGUUGAGUGGGAAGAUGGAGGGCAAAACUUGUAUCCCUUCACGUGGCUGAGAGACAAUUGCCAGUGCUCACUUUGUACACUGCAAUCAGCUCAGGCCCGUAAACUGCUGAUGUCCGAUCUGGACAUUCACACAGGCAUUAAUGUUGUUGAGGUUACCAAUGACAGCAAGUUGUCCAUUGUGUGGCCUGAUCAACACACAAGUGUGUUUGAUGCGGAGUGGCUUAAGAAACGCAGCUUUUCUCUUGAGGCCAGAGAAGCCAUGCAAGAAGAGCUCUUCCUCAAUGAGCGCUACUACUGGGACAGCAAACUGCGUAUCCCCACUGCCGACUACCAGGACGUCCUCCACGAUGACAAGGCCGCGCUGGCGUGGCUUGUGGCGCUGAGACGCGUCGGUAUCGUCUACCUAAAGGGGGCUCCGGCAGAGCAAGGCCACGUGGCCCGACUGGCCGAGAGGAUCGGUUAUCUUAGACUGACGUUCUACGGGCAUACAUGGCAGGUUGUGGACAAGUACAAUGCAAACAACGUGGCCUAUACCUCAGGAAAUCUCAGCCUCCACACAGACUACCCUGCAUUACACUUUGCUCCCGGAGUGCAGUUCCUGCACUGCAUCACCCAGGCCAAAGAGGGCGGCGACAGCGAGGUGGUCGACGGCUUCCACACGGCCGAGCAGCUGCGGCGCGAAGACCCUGAGGCCUUCCACACGCUCGCCACACUCUUGGUGGACUUCACUGACACGGGGACGGACUACUGUGACUUUAUGUUGCAGUCCAAGAAGAGGAUCAUUGACGUUAAUGAGCAGGAUCAAGUUGUGAGGAUAAACUACAACAACGCCACGAGGGAUUCGGUGCUGGACCUCCCACUUCAUCAAGUUCAGCCCUUCUACAGAGCACUCAAGGCCUACGUGAACCUCAUAAAGCGACCCGAGAAUAUGGUCAGCUAUAAGAUGGAGCCAGGGGACAUUGUGACAUUCGACAACUGGCGCCUACUUCAUGGUCGAAAGAGCUAUGUCAGCAGUCCGGACAAGGUGCGGCACCUGGAGGGCGCCUACCUGGACUGGGACGAAGUCAUGUCUCGUCUCCGAAUACUCCGCAAUGCCGUCAAUUAGGCUAACCCAUGUCACUCCAUGACACCGUGACAGUUAAAUCGUGACACUUUAAUCUCCGCAUGAUAUCUCAAUUGCCUUUGUCACAGUUGGAGGAGUUUACUCUCGCAACACGCCAAUGCAACUAUUUAUGAACUCUGGUUUUAUGCAACAAUUUUACAGGGCGGCCUUGAAAAACAUUUUGAACGGAAUUAUCAAAGCUGCGUUUUCGUCUGCCGUUUUGCCAUAUCCCAAUAGGUGCAUUUUUUACCACUCACUUUUUGAUGUCUAUAAAAUCAGCUCUUCCAAUUGCAAAUAGAUCCUUUUCUUAUUUAUUUUUAUGUCAUAUGGUAAAUUAAGCCAAAUUAUUAGGUUGGAUGUAGUCCUGUGCCUUUUAUCAUUUUCUGCUGGUCUAAAUCACAUCAGGGAUUUUCAACUGGUUUUGUCCAAGGGACACCCCCAUUAUAACCAAGAAGCAACUCAGGAACCAAUGCUUUGGCGGAAUAUUGUUUUAUUUUGCACCGAAGGAGGCUAGACCUAUACAGGCUAUUUAAAGAUGGGUAAAUGAUUAACAAAUAAGCUGGAAAAUCAAGUCUAAAUAAUAAAUCAAUUUUAUUUUUAAAAAUGUUUCAAUUUUUCAUUUCCAAUUCCGCUGACCAUCUGCAAUACCGUCACUGACCAUCGGUUGACAAUCCCUGACAUACAUAAAAGCCACGACGCCAAAGUUGUAAGUAAAUCAACAAGCGUUUGUUUUACUGCAUCUACAAUAAAGCAACAUUCUAGCA